AUGGCCGACGAAGUGAAGGAAGAAACCAACUCGAUCGUUUUUCUCAUGGUCAGAUGGAAGAACAAGACAAUCUAUUUGGACGCAAAAGAAUCCGACACCGUGGAAGUCAUCAAGAACCAAAUCGACAAUUUGCUGGCCGUAGAAAAGUCCAGCCAGCGACUCUUCAAAAUGGACAACGGAAAACCGAGCCAGGAAGAACUCAUUGAUCCCAAAUCGCUCGUCAACUGCGGCAUCACCGGCACUGCUACUACUGCUUAUCGCCCGUUCGAAAUUUGCCUCUCCCCCGACUUCGGAAACGGCUUUGAAGAAGCGGAAGUGUGUCCUUACUCCUCGCCGCCUGAUCUGCCCGGCGUUUUCAUCCCCGACAAGACCGAAUCCAAAGAAAACUGA